UCUAACUGUGUACACUAGGGGCGGUUAUACGUGUUCUCUCUCUACAUAACAGUCAGGUAGAUAUACACUCCCAUUACUGAUUAGUUCACAAUUUGGCCGCUAGGUUAGAUAACAGACUUUGGGGGGUGUACAGAUUUUUGUAGAUUUAAUUUUAAAUUGAUGGGUUAUUUUUCGGCCUACGCAAAUCCACUUUACUCCACGUCUGACCUACACUACACAUCCGACCUACUAGCACGUCGUUUUAAACAGCUGAUUCAUGGAGUUGUGGCCGCAGUGCCCGGCCACCCAGCAGCUGUUCUAGCCACGGCGCUCGGCCCAGAAAUUGUAUUAACCUAACCUAACCCUCAAAUAAUACAAAAUUAAAAAGCUGGCAUAUUCCGGUAUUGCAGUAGGUCGGAAUUUCAGGAGGGGUGAGCUGCGUAUAGACGGUGUAACAUUACCAUCUAAUUUUAAUUUGAGCUCCGAACCACUGGCGUUAAGGAUCAGAAGGGGAGGAAUUGUUUAUGCACAUUAUUCCUUUUUAUCAUAAAAUUGCCUGAGUAUUCGCGCUGCAGGAAGAGUACUAGCAUUAAGCCAAUAUGAUGUAGAAACCGAAGCCUAAAAUUUGAUUUAAUUUCAUCAAUAUUUCUAGACGUACUCAGAGUUCACAAAGGGCAAGGCUUCUGAGACGACUUUAUACUUAAAUUUCUGAUCAACCUGGAACUGACUAGUGAGCACGCGAAUACACAAGGAGGACGUAAAUCAAGAGGACAGGAUCACUACUCCGAGAUGUUCCCGCUAUAAUACUACCUGGAGUCCUGGAGAUAACUCAAGUAUUCCAAGAGAAGGACAGAGAAGAGAGAAGAAUGUUUACAAACACGUCAGCUAUCCUCGCACUAAAAGAUCUGGAUAGAAUUGUGUACUCUAUCUUUAAUGAUAUCAAAGAGGAGAUCAUUAUCUACUACAAAACUUCAGAGGGAGUAAAUAUACUGCUGAACACAGAUGAAGAUCUUGCACGGGCAUUUAGUGUAAUGCAAGGUCCAGUCUUCACAUUCUUUCUGGUAAAACAUAUAAACUCUACAGGAAACAGUCCACAAGUGCAUCCUGGGAUAGUUUGUGAUGUUUGUCAAGGUUCUGUUGUAGGACUGAGGUUUAAAUGCCUAUAUUGUGCUAACUAUGACCUCUGCAAAGAGUGUGAGUCAACUGGUGUUCAUGAUCAUCAUAUCAUGCUUAGAAUAGGAUCCACAGACCACACGAUGCCAAGCAUUCUCAAGUUUAUCCAUGGAAUGAUGAACACGAGACCUGAGGGUAGGAACGGAAGACAAAACGACCUGGUUCUAGAUUGGAUGGAAGAAAAUAUGAGCAAAGAGAGCAGAGAGCAGAUGAAUGAAGCGUGUAAAGAAGCUUGGAAGCUAGGAGAAUCAAUUCAGUCUGCUGCAUUAACUGCCGUGACAAGUGCAGCAAAAGCUACAAGUGCUGCUAUAGAAACUACAAAGGGUGGAGAUGCUACCGCUCUGCAAAAAGGAGCUGAGAAUUUAAUCUCUACAAUGCUGGCUUCCAUCAGCAGUUUUGGAGUCCAAGUGACUGAUAUGGCAAAAAGUGAGAAGAAAGACGCAUCUGAAGCACAAGAAGAUUUUAAACAUGAGCAGUGAGCACGAUAUAAAUGACAUCUAAAUGUGUCAAAUGAAGCAGCAGACAUUAGAUUGUAUGUCAAUACCAAAAUCGUCGUGAAUAAAUUGUAAAUUGAAACUUUUUCUAAAUUGAUCUUUUUCGUCAUUAGUAAAAGUAGUAGAUGAACUUAAAUCCUUUUCUAAUAUAAAAAUGUCAACUUUUUAUUUCAUGUCAUUUAAAAAAAAUUGUUUUGUUUACAGCUUGUGAAUAUGUUGUGUUUGGUCCAAUUUAACCCUGCAAUCUCAUCACUCCCAAAAAGGGGGGACGAGGGGUGGGCUGCAGAUAAUUUUU